AUGAGUGGGUCCAUAAAGCAAUGGCCCGUUCAAAACGCCCUCGCGUGCCCCUCUUGGAGACCCGCGGCCAUGUUACUUCGCCGGAAAAUUCACUCCGUCCCCCGCACCACCGCCCCAAACGCACCGAUCCUCCGGCCAAUCACCACCGUGUCCACCGAAAACCGCCACGGUCGCCCUCGUAGCACAAACUCCGAAACGCAGCUCCUCAAGCCCCACAACCCCACGCCCCCAAUCAAACCCUGGCCGCAGAAACUAACCCCCAAGCGCCUCUGCUGCAUCAUCACCCACCAGCAAAACCUCGACCUUGCCCUCCAGAUUUUCCACUAUGCCGGCGACCACCACCCCGGCUUCCGCCACACAUACGACACCUACCACGCCAUCGUCCACAAGCUCUCCCGCUUGCGCGCGUUCGAGCCAGUGACCCCCCUACUGAACGAGAUCCGCAGUUCAGGUAUCAAAUGUGGCGAGAAUAUGUUCAUCACCCUCAUCCGAAACUACGGCGUCGCCGGCCGGCCGAAGGAGGCGAUCGGAAUAUUCCUUCGGAUCAACGAUUUUGGAGUCCAAAGGUCCGUCCGGUCGUUAAACACCCUACUCAACGCCCUGGUCCAGAACAGAAAGUACGAUUCCGUACACUUCGUGUUUAGAAACAGCCGGGAGAAGUUCGGUAUUGUCCCUAACGUCUUCACCUGCAACAUCCUGCUCAAAGCUCUCUGCAAAAAGGGCGACAUGGAGAGUGCCCUCAAGGUGUUAGACGAAAUGCCCGGAAUGGGACUCGUCCCAAACGUGGUCAGCUACACCACGAUUAUGGGUGGGUAUGUCGACCAGCGUGACAUGGAAGGUGCCAGGCGGGCAUUCAACGAGCUUCUCGACCGCGGCUGGCUGCCGGACGCAACCACUUACACCGUCCUCAUGGAUGGGUUCUGCAAGCUCGGCCGGUUUACGGAUGCAUCGAAAGUGAUGGAUGAGAUGGAAGAGAAUGGGGUCCACCCAAACGAUGUCACGUACGGCGUCAUGAUUGAGGCCCUGUGCAGGGAGAACAAAUCCGGUGAGGCGGUGGGCAUGAUAAGUGACAUGCUCGACAAAAAAUACGUGCCGGGCCCAGCCCUGUGCUGCCGGGUCAUAGACUUGCUGUGCCGGGAGGGAAAGACGGAUGAGGCAUGCCAGCUGUGGAAGCUGCUGCUGUUGAAAAACUGCACGCCGGAUAAUGCAAUCUCGAGCACGCUCAUACACUGGUUGUGCAGGGAAGGGCGCGUUUGGGAGGCGAGAAAACUGUUUGACGAAUUCGAGAAGGGCUCAAUUCCUAGUGUGUUGACAUACAAUGUGUUGAUUGAGGGGAUGUGCGAGAAGGGGGAGCUGGGUGAGGCCGGGAGGCUGUGGGACGACAUGGUGGGGAGAGGCUGCCGGCCAAACGCAUUCACUUACAAUGUGCUUAUCAGAGGGUUUUGCAGGGCGGGUUAUGCAAAGGAAGGGGUUAGGGUGUUGGAGGAGAUGGUGGGUGGAGAGUGGUUCCCGGACGAGCGGACUUGUGGUGUGUUGAUCGAGAGUAUUUGUGGGUCCAAGUGUGAAGAGGAUGUGUUCGAUGUGGUGCUUCGCACGACUGUGUUAGGUGAGGUGAGGAUAAAGUCGGAUUCUUGGAGGAUUUUGGUGGAGAAGUUUGUGAGGGUCGGUGGCGGUGCGGCUUUGGAGAAUGUUUUGGGGGCAGAUGCUAUUUAG